AGGUGUAUUGGAGGCCCGGUGGAUUUGCCUACUCUGUUUCUCAGCAACUACUGAUCAAUAGCACGUUACAAUGCGGUGAAGCGCCUGGGAACCUAUACUCGUUUGAAGAAGCGGAGCCGCAUACGAUCAGUUCAGCAUGGAUAAGGAUGUGGCCAAUUCUGUCCCGCUUCUCAAACCGAAGACUGAAGACGACGUUGAUUUGGCUAACGUCGUCGAAAUGGGGCAUGCUGGUGACGGCACUGUCAUCAUAGGCCCCUCCGAUGUUCAUCUUGAUGACAUGGAAAAAACCUACAGUCACCAGCCAAAAGAGAUACAAGACUUCUUCGGGUUGGAAUGGGACAAGAACUGCUACUUUUCAGAUGGAAAGCGACAGAUCGACUAUGUGUUAGCCUACGAAGAAGGUGUCGGUGGUGGCGAUACUAGCGAUUCUCCAUCUUAUGCUGAAGAAAAUAUAGAUGAAGAUGAAGACGAAGACUUGGAUGUUGACAAAACACAACAGUCUACCUUUAAUAAGAUAGAGAAGAAACUGAAUAGGCGAUACUAUUUCGAAACGAACUUGCAGAAGAUGGGAUUAGAGAUUGAACGACGUAUGAUCUCACCUUUGCUGGGUCGUACUCGAUUUGUUCUUUUGCAUGCACCGUUUCCUGUUCUGGAAAAGCAAGCGCAAUUGCUCUGUGUGAAGCUUCCAGUUCAGCAAAGCGACGUUGAUUUCCAGGAUCGGACGGCACUUCCUGGCUUCCUUGAUAGUUUACUUUCUCGACUUGGUAUUUUUGAGUUUGAUGCGAAAACUAAAAAAAUCUUGGAGGAGCCAGAUUUCUUCACUGCACCUUAUUCCAGUGAUAGGCGGAAACAGUUUGUCAAUUGGGAUCGACCAGACAUCUUGUUUCCACAUUCGGAGCGAUCUCGAAUGGUGUAUGAUCUGCUCACUCGAGCUCAUUACGAUAAUCCAGAUCUUGCAUCGAGAAUGCGCAAUCACUACCGAUUUGGAAUCGAACGAUUGAUCGCUCAGGGUGUCUACACUGCGGCUUACCCUCUGCACCAGACGCUAAGAGAUGACGGCAGAGAGAUGAGCAAAGGGCAUGAAUGUUCUCAAAGGGAGCUGCUCUAUAAUCAUUGGGUCAGCUAUACAAAUGUACUGAAAUACCAACCUCUUGACUGCAUCAAGAGGUAUUUUGGUACGAAAGUCGCAUUUUACUUCGCAUGGCUCGGCUACUAUACUAGAUCUUUAUACUUGGCUGCAUUUGUCGGAAUCAUACCCGUAAUUUAUGGAUGGUGUACUAUGUCUGAGGAUAUAGUUAGCAAUGACAUCUGUGGUAAAGAUGGUGUGGGUGCCGUAACGCUCAUAUGCCCUCAAUGCGAGAAUUACUGCGAUUUUCAACCAUUGAACAAUAGCUGUGUUUAUGCGAAGGUCUCAUACCUUUUUGAUAAUGGAAGUACCGUAAUAUUUGCUGCAUUGAUGAGUGUGUGGGCGACAUUAUUUACCGAAGGAUGGAAAAGAUAUCAUGCAGAAGUUGCAUGGAAGUGGGGUUUGUUGGACUUCGUUGUCGAAGAGGAAACUGUACGGCCUGAGUUUCAAUACCGCGUGAAGACUAAACGGUAUAAUCCCGUUACUCAGCAAGAAGAACCAUACUUGUCCGGUAAAAAGAAAUGCGCCAACUUUUUCGCUGCCAUGGCUACCGUAUUGUUUUUUAUAAGCCUUGUAUUAGCUGUUGUCUUUGGUAUCGUCAUUUAUCGAGUGAUCUGCAUGCGACUAUUGGCCAGCAUGGACAAUCCAACAGUUGACUCAUACGCGUUUUUGAUUGUGUCUGCCAGUGCAGCUAUGAUCAAUCUUUGCGUCAUUGUGACGAUGAAUUAUUUCUACAACUCUCUGGCGCAUCGUUUGACUUGUUGGGAAUGUCCUAGAACUCAAGCCGAUUUUGACAAUAGCUACACUUUCAAAGUAUUUUCAUUCCAAUUUGCUAACUACUACUCUUCGCUCUUUUACAUUGCUUUCUUAAAAGGGACCCUUUCACAGCUACCUGGUACUAAAGAUAAUGACGGAAAUGUGAAGAUUGCUGGUUACAGACUUGAGGGUUGCGACCCCGCUGGAUGUUUUGUGGAACUGGUAAUUCAACUUGCAAUCAUUAUGUGUGGUAAGCAGUUCUUUUCGGCUGCAGUCGAAUUUGCAUACCCGAAUGUAAUGAGCCUUCUAAGAAAGUGGCAGCUGAUGGUACCGUAUGUUGAGACAAAAAGGCAGCGAAAAGAGAGGAUUAGAGAGGAGAGCAGCAGGAAGUUAGGUAAAGAAAUGGAAAGAUGGGAAGCUGAUUACUAUCUUAAUCCAACUUAUGACCAGUUUUUGUUUGAUGAGUAUCUGGAAAUGGUGCUCCAAUUUGGCUUCUGUACACUUUUUGUGGCUGCAUUUCCGCUGGCUCCUUUCUUCGCUGUUUUAAAUAAUAUAUUUGAGAUUAGGCUUGAUGCUUACAAAUUCUUAUGUAACAAUCAAAGACCAGUGCCAGCGCAGGGCAGAAAUAUUGGCAUAUGGUUGAAGAUCUUGAACAUUAUCAGCAAGUUUAGUGUCACAAUCAAUGCUCUUGUCAUAGCAUUCACCUCAGAUUUUGUACCGAAAACAAUGUACUAUUUUGCAAGAAGCUCAAUGAUGGGCUAUGUUGACUCUUCGCUGUCAUAUUUUGAUGCUUCUGAGUUCCAGAUGAAAUCUUCACAGUUCAGCAAUGUUAGUGUAUGUAGAUAUCGAGGGUGGCGUCGCACUCCGUGCUCGCUGAGAAAUGAAACUAUAACCGUUUACGGAAAAGAAAUUUGCGAUGACCACCUAGGAUUGUCUCUAGAAUGGUGGAAAGUGUUUGCUGCUCGGCUACUAUUUGUUGUAGUGUUUGAGCAUGUGGUUUUCAUCGUCAAAAUAAUAGUCGAAUGGCUCAUCCCUGAUCUUCCAACAAGAAUCUUUGUUCAACAACAGAGAGAAAAGUAUCUUGUUAGAAAAGCCCUGCUGAGUGAGCUGGCGUCGGGCAGAGAUGUGGCAAAUGGAGUAGUUUCGUCUGAUAGUAGAAAAGCUGCGGCAGAUGGUGACAGUGAGCAAACGGCACAUCAGCCUGGAUCUUUUAUGCACAAUGAUGAUGACGAAGAGGUCGAGGUACCCCGGCAUUCGUCGAUUACAUCUUUUUUCACUUGUCAACAAGGCAGUGAACCCGCAUUGAAUACGAGAAUGUAGUGUUUGAUCUGUGCAUUUUAUAGUAUGUAGGAAUUUUUGCUCAUUGCGAUCGUUAUUUUCUUAUUGUCUUUCAUUUUAUUUGAACCUUGAUUGCUGCUUGAGAGCUUGGGUGCCUAUUGAGAAACUUCAGCUGAUAUUGGUGCAUGCGAACAGCACAACCAUACUUUUUUUGUAGCAAGCAGUCGUUCUCCAUAUUUUCCGAAGUCAAAUUAGCAGUUUCGAUUUGCAGUAUCAUCUCAAAUCAAUGUCAAAAUCUGCAUCUGUUUGUCGAUCUACACAGAUGCCGUAAUUUAGCUCAGUUGUUGUUUACAUUGAAGUUUUAUGUCAUUUUCCUUCAUCUCGCUUGUUUUCCAAUGUUUGAUUUUGAAUCAUAAUGAAUCAUAUGUUGGUUCGUCCCUCAAGCUAUGUCUGGCAGCUUUUGCAAUCAAAUCCAGGUUCGAUAUCUCUAGCUUUCAUCCCUGAUUUUUACUAUGUGUUCUUAUGGUUGCUCCGAAUGAAAUGGGUUCUGCUUGCAGUACUUCUUUGACUCAUUGUUUGUGACUUUUUCGUGCCUAUCUGCUUUUUUGUCGAGGCUUCUGCUCCAUUUUUGAACUUCUCAUCGAUCUGAUUUUAUUACAUUUCGCC